GGUGGGGCAUUUUAAAGAAUCAAUGCAUCAAUCUGAACUUUCACUCUCUUUCCUUCUUUUAAAUAUCCGUUCACACUUCACACACUCCAUCAUUUUCAGUUCUUCACCGGUGACACUCCAAACCAGCUUCAACAAUGGCUACCAGUGAGGUGCUUCCCCCUACUCUUGGUGCUUCUUCAGAACCACCAGCAAUUUUUGAUGGAACUCCCAAGCUGUAUAUAGCAUACAUAUGCCCAUAUGCUCAACGUGCCUGGAUUGCCCGAAAUUAUAAGGGAUUGCAGGAUAAAGUGAAAUUGGUUGCAAUUGAGUUGAAUGACAGGCCAGCUUGGUACAAGGAGAAGGUUUACCCUGAAAAUAAGGUGCCAGCUCUGGAAUACAAUAAUGAAAUUAAGGGAGAGAGUCUUGACUUGGUCAAGUUCUUCAGUGAGAACUUUGAAGGGCCUUCACUUUAUCCUGAUGAUCCCGCUAAGAAAACAUUUGCAGAUGAGUUACUGACCUUCUCUGACUCCUUUAUCAAAACUAUGUUUGCUACUUUGAGGUCAGAAGGAAUAAGUGAUGCUGUUGCUGGAUUCGAUGCCCUCGAGAAUUAUCUUUCCAAGUUUGAAGAUGGACCUUUCUUCCUCGGCCAAUUCAGUGCAGUGGAUAUAGCUUUUAUACCGUUUAUCGAGAGGUUCCAGACCUUCUUCAAUGAAUUCAAGAACUAUGAUAUAACACAGGGCAGGCCGAAACUUGCACACUGGAUCGAGGAGGUGAACAAGAUUGAUGCUUACAAAGUAACAAAACGCGACGCCAAGGAGCACGUUGAAAGCUUUAAGAAAAAAUUUCAGGCUGCAGCUAAGCCCUGAACUCUUUACAAGAUGGCUACAGUAUCAAUAAAUCAUGCUCCCAUGGCCAUUGUUAAACUACUUUUAUUGAGUUAAACUAUGAAUAAGGUGUUGUAUAAAUGACUUGGCUCCACUGGGUUUCUCAAUAAUGCAAUGGAUUGUUUGACCUGUCCUGAAAAUCUGAGAUUGAGUUCUUUGUA